AUGGCGACGAGGCGGCCGAUAAAUCCUUCCCGGCGUACAUCGGGAAUUGGAACAUCGACAUUUUCGUCUCCCUUUCAGUCGAGAUCCCGUUCAUCUCCUUACUUAUCGAUUGCCCUCAUCAUUCUGGGGGCAUUGUUCGUUUUAGGGUUUCUGUAUCGAGGCCAAGGUCCUUUUGGUAAUGGUAAAGCUGCCAAUCGUAUUGAAGGUGACUUUUCAUGCACCCUAGAGGUCGAACGAGCCAUCCCGAUCUUGCAAAAGGCAUAUGGAGACAGCAUGCACAAGGUUUUGCAUGUUGGCCCAGACACUUGUUCUGUGGUCUCUAGAUUGUUGAGGGAAGAGGAUAGCGAGGCUUUUGGCGUGGAGCCGUAUGACAUCGAGGAUGCGGAUCGUACUUGCAGGAGAUUGGUCCACAGGGGGCUCGUUCGUGUGGCAGACAUUAAGUUCCAUCUGCCUUACCGAGCAAAAUCUUUCUCUCUCGUGAUCGUCUCGGAUGCUUUGGAUUACUUGUCCCCCAAGUAUCUGAACCGGACGCUUCCGGAACUAGCAAGAGUGUCGUCUGAUGGCCUCGUCGUUUUCACUGGCCAGGUUAUGGUGAUAGAAUACCAUUUCUGGUUUAGGUGA